AUGCCGCACGGGGACUAUGUAAACCAACGCUCCGCCGCUCACCUAUACAAACGGUCCCUGCCCCGGACCCGUUGCAAGCCGUCCUCCCAAUCGUUCCCCACCCUCUGCAUGUCGUCUCCUGUCCGCCGCCAGCUCCCCCGUCUCAGGUCUCAGUCCGCCUCCUCACCCAUCCGCGGAAUUCAGUAUACAGACGACUCCGAGUGGAGGACCGCGACUAAGAGGGCACGACCCAGCCAUCGGCGCAGUCCCUCGCUCCAUGAUUUGCCCUCUGACGAGCUCCCAGAAAACCGGGGCAUGGACCAACGGCUCAGAGGUAAACGAGCGCGGAGAGACACCGCCGACGAGCAAUGCGCCUUGCCAUCAGGUUCGCGCAUGGAACGCAGUGGUACCGCGCACACUCCUGCCUCGGAUCUGGCGAGCACAUCCGCUGCCUUCCAGCUGUACCCCCACCGGCAGAAGAAGGGCCGCCGUACCGCGCAUCACGGCCUGCAUCGCACGGAAUCUGUGAUUCGCAGAGGCGGAGAGCGCAGACCGUCCAAUGACUUGCAUAGGUUGCGAUCGGACGCGUUUGGGGAACUACACCGCAGCGUUGCGGACAGCGGGGAGGGCCUUGUGCGGCGUAUGCGCGAUUGGGAGCACUCCCGACGCAUACCUACCGCCAUCCCAGAUCAUUAUAAUGGUUUGCCGCGGCGGCGGGACGCCCGAUGGAGCUAUUAUGCUCCAGUAACUCCGGAUGUCGAGGACGAGGAGGUCGAAAUCGUGUCCGCCGCGCCAGACAUGUACCUCCACACUCGAAGUCCAUCACACAAAAAGAGGGCAUAUUCUCUCGGCAUGAUGGAGGUCGACAUGCCUGACAUUCUGCCACCUUUCUCCCCGACGGUCGGCAGCGAGGGCUAUUCCUCUCCAAUUGACGUCUUUUCUGGCAUCUCGGUGUGCUCCUCUGACGACGAGGAGCUCUUCCCGACAGACCAGCCGUUCGGGUUUUCUUCCACGCCAGAACUGUCGCAUACAUACACCAACUCGGCGAACUCCUCCCUCAUCUCGCUCCCCUUGUCAUUAUCCAGUCCUCACGAUCCCUCACAUCACCCGUAUGCCAACCGGACUGUCGAUUUUCUCGAUCCUCAAUCAGUACAUGUGCCAUCGUCCGCCUCUGAGAAGGCCGUCGAUGCCCUCAUCUUAGCCAUGGCGAACGGCGCUGGGGGCGUGAACGACUACGAGGCGCUGCGACAGGCCGAGGGCUCGUCGAGCGGGGAGCCUUCUGAUGUCGGCGAGUUGUGGCAUUGA